AUGGCCGCCGAGCAGCCGACGACCGAGAGGCUCGCCCUCGCCCUCGCCCCUCCAGGAGCACGGCCAGCGGCGCCAUCGGCUGUGGAGGGGGCAGCCGGGCGUUUUCUGGCGAGAGAGAGGGGCAAGGCGCCGAGGAACAAGGGAAAGAGCCCGGAGAUGGGGUCUUCGUCCGCGGCGGAGGCGGUGGGGGACCAGCCGAACCCGCGCGACGACGACGACGACCUGGAUUGGACGGCGGCGCCUGUGGCGGAUGUAGCGAUGCCGCCGCCGACGCCGGCGUACCCGGUCGAUGAGAGGGAGCGGGACGUACUGCUGAUAAAGCUGCUGCGGUCCACCGUCGACGCCGUGGCGAUCGGGAAGCUCGAUCUGGCGAGCGACGGGAUGCGCUGGGUGGCCGACCUCGCGUCCCCCGACGGGAGGUCGCUGCAGCGGCUGGCGUCCGCCUUCGCCGAGGCGCUCGCGCUGUACGUCAUCGUGCCGUUCCACGGCCUCUGCCGCCUGCUCCAGCUCCCGCAGGCCGCGCCGCCUGGGGAGGUCGCCGCCGCGCGCCAUAGGUUCCGCGGGAUCUGCCCGUUCGUCCGGAUCGCCGGCGCCUCGGCCAACCUCUCCAUCCUCGAGGCGAUGGACAACGAGGAGGGCGUCGUCCACGUCGUCGACCUCGGCGGCUCCGACAUCAACCAGUGGGUGGAGCUCGUCCGCCUCUUCGCCGCGCGCCCCCGUGGCCCGCCUGGGCUUCUCCGCGUGACCGUCGUGAACGAGGCGGAUGACGUCCUCUCCGCCGCAGAGGGGUACCUCACCGCGGAGGCCCAGCGCCUGGACAUCAACUUCACGUUCCGUCGAGUGCAAUCCAGCAUCGACGCGCUCACCGGCGUCGGGGGCGCCCUCGGCAUCGUCGCCGGCCAAUCACUCGCCGUCAUCGCCAACCUCCAGAUGCACCGCCUCCUCGCCUACCGCAAGGAAGCCAGGAACGGGAAGGGGCCGGCAGGGGAGCAAUCCGCGCAGCAUACGAUGACGACGAAGGCGGACGCGCUCCUCCGCGCCAUCCGCGGGCUGUCGCCGAAGCUGAUGGUCCUGACGGAGCAGGAGGCCGACCACAACGUCGACGAGCUCCAGCCGCGCGUCUGGAACGCUAUGAACUACUACGCGGCGCUGUUCGACGCCGUGGAGGAGAGCGCCCCACUCGUGUCGCCGGGUGACCGCGCGUCCGUCGAGCGGUGGCUGCUUGGCGAGGAGAUCAGGGACAUCGUCGUCUGCGUCGGCUCGGCGCGGCGGGAGAGGCACGAGAAGCUGGAGCGCUGGGGCGCGCGGAUGGUCGCCGCCGGCUUCUCCCCCGCGACGAUGGCCAAGGCGCUGGGGAUGACGGAGGCGCUCGCGCGGCAGGUGGCUGCGGGCGGCGGCGCCGGCGCCGCCGUGGGGGUGCUCAGGGCUGUGCAGGCCGGCGGAUGCUUCCCCAUGAUUUGCUGGAGCAACAAGCCAGUCUUCUCGGUCUCGACGUGGACUGUGAGGAGGAGCGUUGUGCGGCCGCCAGAGGCAGCAGCUGAUGCUGGUGCAUCGGGCUCGCACCACGGCGGCGGUCCGGCGAGCUCGUCGGCAGCAAUGGUUUUUGACGUGUGA